UCACAGUUCUGCACCCCAAAUGAGUGCCUCUGCCUGGUGGGUUGCGUGACUGUCUGCAAGUGUCUCUCUACAUGUGACCUGGUGACCUAUGGGGAAAUGCUGCAUCGUGGCUUUGUAAAUGGAAAACUGUGGGUGUCCUGGGAGAGCUUUUUCCAGCCUGUGCAUGCUGAUAGCUGCCCUGCUAGCAUCAGAAAACUGAACUUGGCAUUACUUUCUUGUCUUCCAGGUCGUGCAGUGAUGGUCCUGCUCUUGUCCGCAACGGUGUCUCUCCUGGGCGGGCUGAUAUUUGGGUACGAGCUGGGGAUAAUCUCUGGUGCACUGCUGCAGUUGCAGGUGGACUUUCACCUCAGCUGCUUCAAGCAAGAAGUUGUCGUGAGCGCCGUCCUCAUCGGAGCCCUGCUGGCCUCUCUGGCCGGGGGGGUGCUCAUCGACCGCCACGGCCGGAGGAGAGCGAUCCUGGUCAGCAACGUGGUCCUGUUGGUUGGCAGCCUUAUCCUCACGCCGGCCAGGUCAUUUAUGGUGCUGGUCAUUGGGCGCAUGACCGUGGGCUUUGCCAUCUCUGUCUCAUCCAUGGCCUGCUGCAUCUACGUCUCAGAAAUGGUGGCUGCUCACCGGCGAGGGCUGCUGGUGUCUCUCUACGAAGCCGGUAUCACCGGGGGCAUCCUGCUGUCCUACGCGCUGAAUUACGUCUUUGCGGACGUGGAGGAGGGAUGGAGGUACAUGUUUGGGCUGGCCAUUGCCCCAACAGCCAUGCAGUUCCUCAGCAUCCUCUUUCUCCCAGUGAACCCUGUUAAAUUAAGCUCGUGGGACUCGGACUGCCAGAAGGGCCUCAUUCCGUUGCAGGACACUGAGGACAGAGCGGCAGCAAAGCGGGAGCCCUGUCAGGGGAAGCAUUACUCAUUCCUUGACCUUUUCAGGACCAGAGACAACAUGAGAAGGCGGACUCUGGUGGGCCUGGGACUGGUGCUCUUCCAGCAGUUCACUGGGCAGCCCAAUGUGCUGGGCUAUGCCUCCAAAAUCUUCCACUCGGUGGGGUUCCAGAGCAACUCCUCGGCAAUCCUGGCCUCAGUUGGGCUGGGAGCGAUCAAGGUGGUGGCCACGCUGGUCGCAAUGGCCUUGGCAGACAAGGCUGGCAGGAGAGUGCUGCUCCUGGCUGGCUGUGUGGUGAUGGCCAUCUCGGUCACCACCAUCGGCCUCACCAGCCGCAUGGCCCCGCUGGCCAUGGCCAGGGACUGCAAGGCACCCACCGACCCCAACGCGUCCCUCAGCCUCACUCAGCACCCCCUGACAUCUGCAUUCCCCCAGACUGCUGCGUCACCCCUCCCACCAGCAUCGGGUGCUGUCAAAAGUCAGGCAGCCCCUGGUUUUCCUGCCACAAGGAGCCUUACAGAAGUUUUUGCCAGUACCCAAAGCAAAGAGGUUGUUCCCAAUUCUUCCCUCACGCAGAAAAGGGACUUGGUGGGUCAGUCCACAAAAGGGACAGUGGGAAGCACGGGCCCUCCUCUCACUGGUGCUCCCUGGGCACGACAUACGGUCUUAAAUUGGAUUACACUGCUGAGCAUGAUGGCUUUCGUGAGCGCCUUCUCAAUUGGAUUUGGGCCAAUGACCUGGCUGGUCCUCAGUGAGAUUUACCCUGCUGGGAUAAGAGGAAGAGCCUUUGCCUUCUGUAACAGCUUUAACUGGGCUGCUAAUUUACUGAUCAGCCUCUCCUUCCUGGACCUUAUUGAUGCCAUUGGAUUCUCUUGGAUGUUUCUUCUCUAUGGACUGAUGGGA